AUGGACUAUCCAAUCAGCGCUCGGGUUAUAGGGGACAACCUGCGGAGGAUGGCCGUCGAAGCAGGCGUUCUUGGACGCGUCACCCUCCAUGACCUUCGGAGAGGUCGGCCUUUGAGAUCAGCCGCUUACCGGGAGUACGGCGCUUUAACUGCGAUCGGAUCGCUCAGUAGGGAGACCAUCCGCCAAAGACUAAUUCUCGAUACUCGAAAAUCCUGGGAGAAAUCGCUUACAAGUCCUCCUCAAGACGAGGACUUGACUCUUCCGCCUCUGCCAGCACAAUACGAUGAGGACGGAGUUACGCAGCUAGAGAACCUCAUCUUUGAGGACCAUUCCCAGAGCAAUGUCUCUGAGGACCCUUCGAAUAUGUCCAUUACACUUGGCCCCCGUGAAAUGCCUCUGCAAUUCUCGGAUCUGGCAUACGUUCAAUACUUCGUCGACAUCAAGAGGGAAUGUGUUCCUCCAGCUCCAGCUCCACCCCUGCAGCUCCAUCACUAG